GGCCCCGCCGGCAGCGGAAAGCGGCGCGCACGCAGCGCGGAGGCCGCACGUGGCAGCGGCGGAGUCGCGGCGCUCCGUGUCAGCGGCAGCGCCAUGGCGAGCUGGAGGGACCCCUUGGACCGCGGGCAGGUGAAGAAGGCGGUGGAGGCUCUCUUGGCUUUCUCCAGAAAAAAGGCAAAGAGAGACGCGCUGCUCCUCAACGAGAGCGAGAGCGUCCAUCUCCUGUUGACGGUGUGGAAGGUCCCGCAGCUGGAAAAGGUCAUCAGAAUACCACUGCCCCAUGGCAUUCGACCAGAAACAGCUGAUGUUUGUCUUUUCACAAAGGAUGAACCAAAUUUAUCAGCAGAACAGACUGAAAAUCUGUACAAGAAACUUUUACUCCGGAAUGGGAUCAGAAGUAUUAGCCGGAUCAUCUCCUACAAAACCCUCAAGAAGGAGUAUAAAAUGUUUGAAGCAAAGCGGCGCCUCCUGAACAGUUUUGAUCUCUUUCUCUCUGAUGAGCGAAUUAGAAGGCUUUUGCCCUCACAUCUAGGAAAACACUUCUAUGAAAAGAAAAAGGCACCUUUAUCUGUAAACCUGAAAGCCAAAGAUCUUGCCAAGGAACUACAAAAACAUAUCCAAGGGACCACACUCCCAAUUAACAACAAAGGGUGCUGUUAUGCAAUGCGCAUAGGUCACACUGGGAUGAAAGUGGAUGAGAUACUUGAGAAUAUCAUUGCAGCAGCAAAAGUGAUUGGUGCCAAGUUACCAAAGAAAUGGAAAAAUGUAAAACUCCUUCACCUCAAAACAGUUAAAUCGGUUGCACUCCCAAUAUUCACUGCAGAUAUCUCCAACCUGGAUGAGCUUGACAAACAGCCAUCUCUCAAGAAAAGUAAAGUAAAGAAGGCAAAACCCAAGAAAACGAAGAGGACAGCUAAGAAACUGAAGCCAAGUCAGGUCACUGUGACAACAGAAAGUAAAGCUGCUGCUGGUACCCAGGAGCCUGUGAGAACAGAAAAGAUAGAAAUAGUCCAAGAACCAGGUGAUUGUGAUGAUGAAGAAAUUCCACAACUGGUGCCUAUACAAACAACAAGCUCAGCUGACCUGAAGAAAAUGGGACCAAGUUCAGAAAAAGGUGACAAUUUGGGCAAGAAAACCAAAACGCUUCUUGGUAAGAGAAAGAAAACAUCUCUAGUGGUGGAUACUCCAAAAUCAAAACCUGAGGUUACAGAAGAGUGCGCAAACUUGCAGUCGUCAUCAAAAGAGAAAAAAGCCAAGCAGGUCAGUAAACCAAAGGAAGCAAUAAAAGAAAAAGACACGAAAAAUGCUCCAAAAAAACCUGAAGCAAAGUCUUUUGCAACACCCAAAGCUGGCAAGUCACUACAGUCAGCCAGGAAGUCUUCAAAAGCACAGAAGCAGGCACCCAAAAAGGUGCGCGUGCCGCAGUCAGCAUGAACUGUUGUAACAUAUUUUGUAUCAACAUUUUCAGUAGACAAAUUUAUUGAUGAAGUAAAACACCUUCUUAGGAAAUCUAAUCCCAAGAGCUUUUUUUCAGCAAGAUCUGUAAUGAUUCGUUGGUUUCCUUCUAAUUUACAAGCUGGUAUAAAUAAACUCACUGUCUUAAUGGUCCCAUCACCCUUUAUCUUUUGCUGGCCCAAACCAAAAACACUCAAAUUUUUCAAGUGUCAGAGGGAAGAGAGGGGUUUAUCCCGGGGGGGAAAAAGGCUGAGAAAUAUUUUAAUAAAUGCUGUCUUUCUGAAGCAAGAA